UGGCCAUGGUCUAUGGGACCACGUGGCCAGAGAUAUGCGGAAAAUGUUGCCUAGGUCGUAUUUGCAAAGGACCAGAGUUUAGGGAGUCCACAAUUUUAUGUAUAUGUGGUUUCCGCCCAAUUCCUUUUCUUGGGAUUUCUAGACAGCUGUCAUUGCUACGCUUUCUUCACCCCUAGGCCGCCUCCCGGGCUACGAGCGCUCUUCCAGCAGUAGCAGCAGCAGCAGCAGCAGCAGCGUCGGGCGGAGUGAGAAGUCUGGAAGGUGUUCUGGAGCUUUAAGGUCCCGAGCCCGCGGCGCCUUCCGGGAGCCGUAGCCCCAGGCCCCGCCCUUCGGCCCGCGCUCUCUGCACUGCGCAUGUCAGCUUUGCGUUCCCCUCCCCCCGGUCAGCAACGGGCCGAGAAGCGGCGGCGGUGGCGGCGGCGGCGAAGAAGGGGGCGGAGAGGAAGGAGCGCGGCGGACGCGGCCUGGACCGCGCGUACUCUGGCGGUAGGGUUCUCUCCGCGUCGGCGGUAGUGUCAGCUGCCGCUGCAGCCACAGCAGCAGGUCUGUGCGAGAUCAUUGACAUCAUGAACUGGAAUAAAGGUGGCCCUGGCACCAAGAGGGGAUUUGGCUUUGGAGGUUUUGCCAUUAGUGCUGGAAAGAAGGAGGAACCCAAGCUCCCACAACAGUCCCACAGUGCCUUUGGGGCAACCAGCUCUUCGUCCGGUUUUGGAAAGUCAGCUCCACCACAGCUCCCUUCUUUCUACAAAAUUGGAUCUAAACGGGCCAACUUUGAUGAAGAAAAUGCCUAUUUUGAAGAUGAGGAAGAAGACUCUAGCAAUGUUGAUUUGCCUUAUAUUCCUGCUGAAAACUCACCUACCCGCCAACAGUUCCAUUCCAAGCCAGCAGAUUCUGAUAGCGAUGACGAUCCCUUGGAGGCAUUCAUGGCUGAAGUGGAGGAUCAGGCAGCUAGAGACAUGAAGAGGCUUGAAGAAAAGGACAAGGAAAGAAAAAACGUAAAGGGUAUUCGAGAUGACAUUGAAGAGGAAGAUGACCAAGAAGCUUAUUUUCGAUACAUGGCAGAGAACCCAACUGCUGGUGUGGUUCAGGAGGAAGAAGAAGAUAAUUUGGAAUAUGAUAGUGAUGGAAAUCCAAUUGCACCUUCCAAAAAAAUCAUUGAUCCUCUUCCUCCAAUUGAUCAUUCAGAGAUUGACUAUCCACCAUUUGAAAAAAAUUUUUACAAUGAGCAUGAAGAGAUAACCAACCUCACCCCUCAGCAGCUAAUAGAUCUCCGUCAUAAGCUUAAUCUUCGGGUCUCUGGUGCCGCACCUCCUAGACCAGGAAGUAGUUUUGCUCAUUUUGGGUUUGAUGAACAACUUAUGCACCAGAUUCGGAAAUCUGAGUACACACAGCCCACUCCAAUACAGUGCCAGGGUGUGCCUGUGGCAUUAAGUGGUAGAGACAUGAUUGGUAUUGCCAAAACAGGCAGUGGAAAAACUGCAGCCUUUAUCUGGCCCAUGUUGAUUCAUAUAAUGGACCAGAAGGAAUUGGAACCAGGUGAUGGACCAAUUGCAGUGAUUGUAUGUCCUACUAGGGAACUUUGCCAGCAGAUCCAUGCAGAAUGUAAGCGGUUUGGGAAAGCAUAUAAUCUUCGAUCAGUUGCUGUGUAUGGAGGAGGGAGCAUGUGGGAACAGGCCAAGGCCCUUCAGGAGGGAGCAGAAAUUGUUGUGUGUACCCCAGGUCGACUAAUUGAUCAUGUGAAGAAGAAAGCUACCAAUCUUCAAAGAGUCUCUUACCUUGUGUUUGAUGAAGCAGAUCGCAUGUUUGACAUGGGAUUUGAGUACCAGGUGCGAUCCAUAGCAAGUCAUGUCCGUCCUGACAGACAGACUCUUUUAUUCAGUGCAACUUUUCGGAAAAAGAUUGAAAAACUAGCCAGAGACAUCUUGAUCGACCCUAUUCGUGUGGUGCAGGGAGACAUUGGAGAGGCAAAUGAAGAUGUAACACAGAUUGUGGAAAUUCUCCAUUCUGGGCCUAGUAAAUGGAACUGGCUCACUCGGCGUCUGGUGGAAUUUACCUCUUCAGGAAGUGUCCUCCUGUUUGUUACUAAAAAAGCCAAUGCUGAGGAGCUAGCCAAUAACCUUAAGCAGGAGGGUCAUAAUCUUGGGCUGCUUCAUGGGGAUAUGGAUCAGAGCGAAAGAAACAAGGUCAUUUCAGAUUUUAAGAAAAAGGACAUCCCAGUCCUGGUGGCCACAGAUGUUGCAGCCCGUGGUCUGGACAUUCCUUCAAUUAAGACUGUCAUUAACUAUGAUGUGGCACGAGAUAUUGAUACUCAUACUCAUAGGAUUGGCCGCACGGGACGAGCGGGUGAGAAAGGUGUGGCCUAUACCUUACUGACCCCCAAGGACAGCAAUUUUGCUGGUGACCUUGUCCGGAACUUGGAAGGAGCCAAUCAGCAUGUUUCCAAGGAACUCCUAGAUCUGGCAAUGCAGAAUGCCUGGUUUCGGAAAUCCCGCUUUAAAGGAGGAAAAGGCAAAAAGCUGAACAUUGGUGGAGGUGGCCUAGGCUAUAGGGAGCGCCCUGGCCUAGGCUCGGAGAACACGGACCGAGGAAAUAACAACAAUGUGAUGAGUAAUUAUGAGGCCUAUAAGCCUUCCACAGGAGCCAUGGGAGAUCGGCUGACGGCAAUGAAAGCAGCUUUCCAGUCACAGUACAAGAGUCACUUUGUUGCAGCCAGCUUAAGCAACCAGAAGGCUGGAAGCUCUGCUGCUGGGGCAAGUGGAUGGACGAGUGCAGGGAGCUUGAAUUCCGUUCCAACUAAUUCAGCCCAACAGGGCCAUAGCAGUCCAGACAGCCCUAUUGCUAGUGCCGCCAAAGGCAUCCCAGGCUUUGGCAAUACUGCGAGCCUCAGCAGUGCUCCGGUGACCUACCCUUCUGCUGGAGCCCAGGGAGUCAACAAUACAGCUUCAGGGAAUAACAACCGCGAAGGCCCUGGGGGAGGCAAUGGGAAGAGAGAGCGAUAUACUGAGAACCGGGGUGGCAGCCGUCAUGGUCAUGGAGAGAGUGGCAAUCGGCAUGGCGACAGUCCACGCCACGGAGAUGGUGGUCGCCAUGGAGAUGGAUACCGCUACCCGGAAAGUAGCAGCCGUCAUGCUGAUGGUCACCGUCAUGGAGAGAAUAGGCAUGGAGGAGGUGGAAGCCGACAUGCAGAGAGCCGAGGUGCAAACGAUGGUCGGAAUGGUGAAAGCAGGAAAGAGAGUUGUAAUCGUGAGAGCAAGGUGGACCCCAAGGUGGACAGCAAGAUGGACAAGAUGGACAGCAAGACAGAUAAGACAGCUGAUGGUUUUGCUGUCCCUGAGCCACCCAAGCGCAAGAAAAGUCGAUGGGACAGUUAGAGGGUAUGUGCUAAAGUGUGAAAUAAAUGGUCUUUAAUUUUAUUUUUAGAAAGAUUUUUGGUAACUAGGUGUCUCAGGGCUGGGUUGGGGCCCAAGGUGUAAGGACCCCCUGCCCUUAGUGGAUAGCUGGAGCUGGAGACAUUACCCCUUCAUCUGGAUCAAUUUUCAGAUGUCUUGUUGGGAAGCCACUUUGGUCCUUGGAAGCAGUCAAGAGCUGGGAACCUUCUUUUGGGCUCUGGGUGAGUUGUCAUGAAGGUCAGUUUGAGGAUACCUUGGGAGAAUGGGCCUUCUAGGGCACAAAACUCACUCUAGUUUAUAUUAUAUGUAGCGUAUAUUUUUUACUAAAUUGUCACCUUACAAACAUCUACAAGUAAAAUUUCUUUUCUUAGCUGUGUGGCCAGGCAGUCUGCUUUUUACGAGUUGGCUUUUUGCAAAUCCAACCCACUGAAGUGUUUGUUAGCGAUUUGGGGAAGCAUUUUGGUGCUUCUAGACUUUGCAGGGAAGGGAAGUGUCUUAAGUGGGAGUCCAUGCUCAGGUUCCCAGCCAGGUUUGUAUCCAGUCCUGAGACAGGAAGCAGCAGCCUGCAGACCCAGAGAGCCUCCCUCCUGAAGAGGAAGAUGAUCCUGGAAACAAGACUGUUCCAGGUCUGAAGUGUUGCUGAAUUUAAAAACAAAAACUCGACAGCUUUUAAAGUGUCUUCUAUUUCACUGUAUUUUUUUUUAACUUGCCACAAUGGUAGAAAAAUCUUUUGCUGAAAUGAUUUUGAUGAUUUUUGUUCUCUAUCUUGUUUAUAAAAGGAAAAUAUACAUACUUCGAAUUUUGUGACUUUGUGAAGGUUUCUUUAAGAUGUGCAUUCCUUUCUGCUUGCUCUAGUAAAUGUUUUACUACUGGGA